UUUCAAUUUUACGUUAUGUUGAAUCUACCGCUGAUCGUCUUUUGCGAUCCCCUCGCGUGCACGCGCGCACGCAUCGCUCGCUCAUUUCACCUCAGCCAUUUUGUUUCUGCCAUUCAGUUCAAGGGUAUUAGCACGAGCAGCUGGUUGUACCGAGAUAUAACCAUGUAUCGUUUCGCCAAGGCUGCCCUGAACCUCAGCGGCCAAAGUGCCCGUCAGGUGGCUGUGAGACAAAAGUCUGAUAUGUCUACUGAAUUUCAUGCUAAGUAUGGACCUCCUCUGCUGAUUGCUGGGGCCACAUUUUGCACAGCUGUUUGGGCAUAUGUGGUCACAUCAACAGGCAUUGCAUGGAACCUGUCACCUGUAGGCAAGGUGCAGCCCAAGCCAUGGCAGGAGGAAUGAAUGCAUAUCCCCUUUGUGGAGCGAAUGCUAAUGGUUUCUAAAUGACAAUUUGAUUUUUUUUCCCCAUUUUGCAAAUGGAGACUUUUCACCUUAUCCAAUCUUGUUUGCUGUCUUGGCAUGUCUGUAAAAAUGUAAUAAAUUAAAUAUAAAUCUUAA